AUGAGGAGAGAGAAUCAAAGCAGCGUGUCCGAGUUCCUCCUCCUGGGGCUCCCCAUCCCACCAGGGGAGCAGGACGUGUUCUUCACCCUGUUCCUGGGCAUGUACCUGACCACGGUGCUGGGCAACCUGCUCAUCAUCCUGCUCAUCAGGCUGGACUCUCGCCUGCACACGCCCAUGUACUUCUUCCUCAGCCACUUGGCCUUCACUGAUGUCUGCUUUUCAUCUGUCACUGUCCCUAAGAUGCUCAAAGACAUGCACACUAAGUAUAAAUCCAUCCCCUACGCAGGGUGUAUUUCACAGAUGUAUUUCUUCAUUUUUUUUACUGACCUGGACAGCUUCCUUAUUACAUCAAUGGCAUAUGACCGAUAUGUUGCCAUCUGUCACCCUCUUCAGUACACCACUAUCAUGAGGAGAGAGCUGUGUGUUUUACUAGUGGCUGUGUCCUGGAUCCUGUCCUGUGCCAACUCCCUUUCCCACACCCUCCUCCUGACCCAGUUAUCCUUCUACAUGGAAAGAAGAAACCAGACCAGCAUCUAUGAGUUUCUUCUCAUGGGGCUCUCUGAGAAGCCAGAGCAGCAGCCUCUCCUGUUUGGCCUCUUCCUGGGCAUGUACCUGGUCACUGUGCUGGGCAACCUGCUCAUCAUCCUGACCAUCAGCUCUGACAUGCACCUCCACACCCCUAUGUACAUCUUCCUGGCCAACUUGUCCUUCUCUGACAUUGGUUUCAUCUCUACCAUAAUUCCCAAAAUGCUAGGUAAUAUUGGCUCAGGGAAUAAGCUGAUUUCUUAUGGUGAGUGCCUUACACAACUCUAUUUCUUUGGCCUCUUUGCAGAUCUAGACAACUUUCUCCUGGCUGUGAUGGCAUUUGAUCGCUAUGUGGCCAUCAGCCACCCCCUCCAUUAUGCCAUGACCAUGAACUCCCAAUGCUGUGUCCUUUUGGUGGCUGGGUCAUGGGUGGUCACUAUCCUCCAUGCCCUAGUGCAUACCCUCCUAGUGACCAGGCUUUCUUUCUGUGGCCCCAAUAUCAUCCCCCAUUUCUUCUGUGAUCUGGUCCCCCUCCUGAAGUUGGCUUGUUCCAGUACUUAUGUCAAUAGUCUGAUGCUCAUCUUUGUAGCAGGAAUACUGUUAAUUGGACCCUUUGUCUGCAUCCUUACAUCUUACUUUUACAUUGCAUUGGCUAUUCUAAGAAUUGAUUCCCCAAAGGGUAAGCAAUAGGCCUUCUCCAACUGCAGCUCCCACCUGUCUGUGGUCUCUCUGUUUUAUAGCACAGCUAUUGGGGUCUAUUUAUGUCCUCCAUCAUCCACCUCAGGUGGAAAGAACAGAGUCUUCUCAGUGAUGUACACAGUGGUCACCCCCAUGCUGAACCCUUUCAUCUACAGCCUGAGAAACAAGGAUAUGAAAGGGGCUCUAGGAAAGCUUCUCAGAAGAAAAACACUCUAA